AUGGAGCCAGUACUAGAAGUAAAAAUUGGCUGCCUCUUUGCCAUGCUGGUUGUCACAUUGGUCUGUGGCCUUAUUCCCAUCUGCUUCAAAUGUUUCAAGAUUCAGGCAAUCAGAGGUCAACUCCCGCGGGGCCUCAGCCUCCUGAGCUGCGUUUCUGCAGGCGUUUUCCUGGGAGCAGGUUUCAUGCACAUGACUGUUGAAGCCCUGGAGAAUAUUGAAUUCGAGAUCCGGCAGCUCCGGGUGAAGAACAGUGGAGGAAAUUCUUCUGGAGAUCCUAAUUCAGCUUCUAGCCCAAGGAUCAUCCUGCAGCAGCCACAAAAUACCUGA